AGCAACUAUAGAUCUACUGUUACGUCUCAUUCCACACGAAUGGCUCACCAUCCACUCGCCGUGCAGCUGCCUCUGUCAACUGGGCUCAAGGCUGACAAAGGGAUUGAGUUGCUGACCUGGGGAACUCCCAACGGCUUCAAGGCAUCAAUCUUGCUAGAAGAGCUUAAGGAAGCGUACGGAAAGGACUAUUCAGUCCAGGCCAUUGCGUUACCAAAGGGCGUUCAGAAACAGCCUUGGUACCUCGCCCUGAAUCCCAGCGGCAAGAUCCCAGUCAUUGUUGAUCACGACAACGGGGGUGUUAGUGUAUGUGAGAGCGGCGCUAUUCUGCAGUAUCUUGUCCGAGAACACGAUCCAGAACACAAAUUCUCGUUUACGGAGCCAGCAGAGGUUGCGAAAGCAGAGCAAUGGAUCCACUUCAUGCAGGGUGACAUGUCGCCUACUGGCGGAAACAGCAUCCGCUUCUUCAGGUUUUUCCCCGAGAAACACAGUUUUCCGCUGCAACUGUUUCACCGUGAGGGCCUGAAAGUCUUGGAUGUCCUCGACAAGGCCCUAGAAGGACGAGACUAUCUUGUUGGUACUGGCAGGGGCAAGUUCUCUUACGCUGACAUAGGCUGUUUUCCGUACGUGAACAACAGCUGCUUCGUGGGCUGGGGCCCCCUUGAGAGGUGGCCAAACGUGCAUAGAUGGCAGCAGCGAAUCUGGGCUCGUCCGGCUGUCAAGCGAGGCGUUGACACGCCAUAUCCGGCGCUGUCGACAAACGAGAGCUACGAGAAGAAAAUGGCUGAGGACCCUGAAUUUGCGGCAGCUGAAAAGAAAUUGAAUGAAGUAUUGGAAAAGGCACUUGCAGAGUUCCCACCUUUUGGCCCCCCAAAAUGACGAGCAGCCUUCAUACGUGAACGCGCACUGUAGGUUAAAGCAAG